ACGUGCGUAGUGAACUAAGGGCAUCAUGAGGUAGAGAUGGGGGCUCGCAUGACCCGCGCCUUCAGGAACUUCAACGUGGAGAAGCGAGCGGAGCAGGAGAUCAGCAAGAGGAAGCCCUCCAUGGCACCCAAGCACCCUUCCACCCGCAGUCUCCUGCAGGAGCACCUGAGUCAGUAUCCAGAAAUCGAGGAAGAAGUUUCUAGAAAAGAUAACAAGCUGCUGUCCUUACUAAGAGAUGUAUAUGUCAAUUCCAAAGAUCCGGUGCCUUCCUUGCCGGUAAAAGCCAUUGAACCACAGCAACAACCAAAGGAGUUCAGAUUGCCGAUAGGAGAUCAAUUUGACAAGAAUAUCAAGGACAUUCCCAAAGGCAAGAUCACUGUUGUAGAAGCACUGACCCUUCUCAAUAACCAUAAACUCUCUCCAGAGACAUGGACUGCUGAGAAAAUCGCCCAGGAAUACCAUUUAGAACUGGAGGAUGUAAAUUCCCUUCUCAAAUAUUUCGUUACUUUUGAAGUCAAAAUCGUUCCUCCUGAAGACAGGAAAGCAAUACAAUCAAAGUGAAGAAAAUCACAAAACGAUUUCCUAUGUGCGCUCCCAAGCUCUGAGUCCUUGUUUUUCGUGUAUAUAAAUUAUACAAGUUACUGUGAUUGUGAUUAUAACUUGGAUAGCCCUUUGAUCUCUUCAGGAUUGUUCAUAUAAUUUUUUUUUUAAUUUAUGUGUAGUUCCUGGCUGUAUGUCAGUGUUGAUCAUGUGACUGAUUCAAUAUUAAGUUUCACUUUCCAAUUUAGGAUGGUUUGUUCUUUGGAGGAGACACUGAAAGAAGAGCCCUCCCUCCUGACUCCUAUAAGACUGGCAUUGUGCUAGGGACAGAUAAUCAGCAAUGAGACAUAGUGACUAUAUUUCCCAAGUGAAGAAAGAGAGAAAACUGAGUGCAAAGGAAGAAAAAUAUAUAUUAGUACUCAACAAAAUAAAAAUCCGUGAGGGUUUUUAAUGUUUUAAAUAUGAAAUCACUUUUUAGAAUUAUUAUUAGUAUCUGUGACCUACUAGCUGUCUCUUGACAAAUAGAAAUAGGUAACUUGAAAAGUUUUCUGAGAGGCAAUACUUAAGACUAUUUGAACAAAAUAACUUCCUUUAAUUUAGAAAUGAGAGAAAUAUUAAUAGCUAAAAAUAAGAGGAUCCGAUUUGAUAACCAAAUAUUUAUACCUGUUUUCAUUCUAGGAGAAAAAGUAGCCAGUAGAAGUAUAAAAUCCCUGAAGGGACCUAGAAAGUUACUGAUUCAUUCACUUAAACUCGAGUCUGACACAUUCCAGUAUUAGAAUCUCAAAUGAGGUAAUAUGAGUUUGGUUCAUUCUGGCAUGCUGUACCUGUGGGUUCUUGGCCACAUUGUUUGACCUCUCUGAAAGUGAAUUUCUGUAAAAGUAGAACUCUGCUUAUGUAAAUUCCAGGACAACAGUGAAGUUAAAUGGCAAAAGGCCAGGCGAGCACAGAGUCUUAUAGUUAAAAUGGGUGUCUACAGAACUUAUGAUGGAGUUGUCUAUAGUUUAUGAUGCAAGGAGACCAGAAUUUAGGUUCUCAGAAUCCUACUCGUAUUUUUAUUUAUUCUGCCAAAUGAAACCCAUUUCAAGAGGACAGAAUGGAGUUGGGGGAACUGGGCUUGUCCAAAUUCUUUCAAGGGAACAAACAGACAUAUUUGCCUCGAGAUUCCCCUGGAAAUGAUGUGGAAGAUGAGAGGAAUUCAGCAUGGUGAUGGAGGGAGGCAGAGUAACAGCGAAGAGGGGAGAUGAAUGGAAAGUUUGUAAGGUUUUUCAGAUCUAGGUCCAGUGAACAAACUAUACCUACUUAUUUGUGGUUCGGUACAGAAGUUUAAGAGAACAUGCUAAGUCUAAUCAUUGCAAAUUAUAUUGGACAAUAUAGUCAAAACCAUCUUCCUUCAAUUCAAAAUAAGUAUGUGAAUCAGUAGUACUGACUCGUGUUUCCUAGGUGGUUAGCAGAUAUAAAUACGGUUUCUUAUACGGUAUCACAAUAAAAUCCUUCCAUUUUACUCAUUAGCCCA